GGCGCCUCUUGCCUCUCCGUGCCUGCGGUGCGCGCCCUGCUGUUUCUAUAGGAACCAGCACGGCGCCGGGCCCCUCCGGCUGCGGCCCCGCGCGCGAGCAUGCCCAGUGCAAGCCGCUAGUUUGGCUCGGGUCUAGGUUUCCAGUAAGUGGCAUGCGGGACUCGGGAGCGAUCCCAGGGAGCUGAGCCGAUCGCCUUUGUGUGCAGAGAGAGGAGGAGGUGGUGGCGGACCCCACCCGGGGAGCCCCACGGCAGGAACAAUGCUAGCCUGCCUGACCCGCGGGAACUUACUGGACGUCCUGCAGGAGGGCUUCAAUGAGCAACAGCUACAGGCCUAUGUGGCCUGGGUGAAUGCCCAGCUGAAGAAGAGGCCAUCCGUGAAGCCUGUGCAGGACCUGCGACAGGAUCUCCGAGAUGGAGUGAUCCUGGCCUAUCUCAUCGAGAUUGUUGCAGGAGAAAAACUGAGUGGAGUACAGUUGAGUCCCAGUAACCAACAAGAGAUGAAGAAUAAUGUGGAAAAAGUGCUACAGUUUGUAGCUUCCAAAAAGAUUCGUAUGCAUCAGACUUCAGCCAAAGAUAUUGUGGAAGGAAACCUGAAGUCCAUCAUGAGGCUGGUCCUUGCCUUGGCAGCUCAUUUUAAACCCGGCUCUAGCAGGACAGUGAGCCAGGGGCGCGACUCCAGAGCCCCUGUUCAGACUCAUCAACCACACUGUGCUACUGCUGUGGCCCAAGGAGCGGCUGCUGCUCUGGCUGAUGUGUGCCAUGACAUGUCUCGGUCAGGACGGGAUGUCUUCCGGUACAGACAGAGGAACAGCAGCAUGGAUGAGGAGAUCGAGAACCCGUACUGGAGUGUUCGGGCGCUCGUGCAGCAAUACGAAGGGCAACAGCGGUCCCCGUCUGAGUCCAGCUGCUCCAGUCUGACUUCACCCAGUCCAAUCCACAGUGCAAAGAGUGAAUCCAUUAUAACCCAGUCAGAGGAAAAGGCUGAUUUUGUGAUUAUUCCCUCUGAAGGAAUAGAGAACAGAACAGACGAGACAGGCUCUCCAUUAUCCCGAGACUGGAGGCCUGGCAGCCCGGGAACGUACCUGGAAGCCACAUGGGAAGAGCAGCUACUGGAGCAACAGGAACACUUAGAAAAAGAAAUGGAGGAAGCGAAGAAAAUGAUUUCAGGACUCCAGGCCUUACUACUCAAUGGAUCCUUACCUGAAGAUGAACAGGAAAGACCCUUGGCCCUCUGUGAACCAGGAGUCAAUCCCGAGGAACAGCUGAUUAUAAUCCGAAGCCGUCUGGAUCAGAGUAUGGAGGAGAAUCAAGACCUCAAGAAAGAGCUGCUGAAAUGCAAACAGGACGCCAGAAACUUGCAGGGGAUAAAGGAUGCCCUGCAACAGCGGUUGACUCAGCAGGACACAUCUGUUCUUCAGCUCAAGCAAGAGCUUCUGAGGGCAAAUAUGGACAAGGAUGAGCUGCACAACCAGAAUGUGGAUCUGCAGAGGAAGCUAGACGAGAGGAACCGGCUCUUGGGAGAAUAUAAAAAAGAGCUCGGGCAGAAGGACCGCCUCCUUCAGCAGCAGCAGGCCAAGUUGGAAGAAGCACUGCGCAAACUCUCGGAUGCCAGUUACCAGCAGGUGGAUCUGGAACGGGAGCUGGAGCACAAAGAUGUCCUUCUGGCUCACUGCAUGAAAAGAGAGGCGGAUGAGGUGACGAAUUACAACAGCCACAGCUCUCAGCGCAAUGGCUUUGUCCUUCCGGUGGCAGGGAGAGGUGCCGCGUCUGUCGCCCACAGAGGGCCACAGACCAGUGACCUCCAGCUCGUCCGAGAUGCUCUCCGCAGCCUGCGCAACAGCUUCAGUGGCCACGAUCCUCAGCAUCACACCAUCGACAGCCUGGAGCAGGGAAUCUCUAGCCUCAUGGAGCGUCUGCACGUCAUGGAGACACAGAAGAAACAGGAAAGGAAGGUUCGGGGCAGGUCACUCAGAACUCAAGCAAGCAGUGAAUACCGGGCAUCCUGGCCCCCUAAUUCAACGUUGCCUCACUCCCAGAGUUCUCCGUCCGUCAGCAGCACCUGCACCAAAGUGCUCUACUUCACCGACCGGUCACUCACGCCCUUCAUGGUCAAUAUACCAAAGAGGUUGGGGGAGGUGACACUGAAGGAUUUUAAAGCAGCUAUUGAUCGAGAAGGGAAUCACCGGUACCACUUCAAAGCACUGGAUCCUGAGUUUGGCACGGUCAAAGAAGAGGUUUUCCAUGAUGACGAUGCCAUCCCUGGAUGGGAGGGGAAAAUUGUGGCCUGGGUGGAAGAAGACCACAGAGAGAAUUAACCGGACCCCGGACACUCCCUGGCUGCUUCUCUCAGGAAAGACGACUAACACCAGAGUACGCUGAGGAGUUUCUAAUUCCUGCUGCCAAAAAGAAGCUUCUUCAAGUAUGAUGGUUAUGGGCCAGUCCUGUUGGUGUGCCUGGUAUAUCUAGUACUUAAAGUCUCUGUCCAAACACAGACCAUGGGUCCAUCUGGAGCUCCUUGUCCGUGGGAACAGUGUUUUAUUCUACUCUGAGGACACCAAACCGAAGGCCUUAACCACCAGGAGUGGAUGAUCCCUCUCUUGUAGGGGCCUGGCUGCUAUUAUCUGGAACCUGGAAGUGGAUGCAUCUCUCCUUUAUGGUACAGUGUUCAUUCCAUUGGCCUCAAAGGUUGCAGCAAUCAGAGUCCCAGCAUCUGUGCUCACAGACAAGGCAAAGGUACCGACUUUUCUGCUUCUCUGCAGACGUUGCAGCCCAGGAGUAACUCAAGUGGUACCAAAGAUGAAAGCCCACUUGCAUCUGUUGACCUUGGACAUGGAUGAUGCUGACUUGUUGAUUGGGUGGGGAGAGGGUUGCCCAUAGUGUGCUAUACUAUGCCAAAACCAUAAUGAAGACCUUGGACCGCCUCUUCUGGUUCCGACUCUUCUGCAGCUUGUCCUUCGCCCAUUUGGGCAUUUUUUCCCCCACGAACUGCUGGUUUCCCCUGGGGACUCUUUAACUUCAGAGCCAUUUCUUCCUCUCCACACAGAUGAACUUUGUGCUUGAAAAGAAUUAGAAGCGAGAGGCUCCUGGAGCAUUCAGGAGGGGACGGAAAGGUGCUGCUACCACUUCUCUGUGACAAACGCACAGCAUCUCCUUUGCAUUUGCAAGGAGACAGACCAUUAAUUUGUGUUCGUGAUUUGAGCACCAGCAUAAUUUACUGGUCUGUUUCUGAUUUCAAGACUGGAGUUGUUUUCUGUUACAUGCUUAGUCUGGGCUGUUCCUUUAGGGCACAAUGGAACCCACGGGGCAUGGAGCAUGAGUUGUGAAUGGCAGGGUUGAAUCAAGGUCAAGAGUCAUUUCACAUUGCAACACUGUCCAGUUUCCAGAGGUUACUCAAUAACUUGGGUUUUCUCAUUCACACAUCUAGCACCAUCCACCUAUCAGCCAUGAUUAUUUAUAGAAGUCCCUCAAAGCGGUCUGCAACCACCCCUGUACACUGCCAAACAGAAGAGUGGGACAGAUGGGUCGGUCAGUCCUGGGAUCUGCCUGUCUCUGUUUGUCACUCAUUGUCAGCCAUUUGAACAGACUACUCUUGGGAACGCUGAGAUAACAUCUUAUUGUUUUAUAUAGACAUGUCUUUUAAAAAUAGUUCAUGUUUGAGAAUUGUUUGGUGCUCAUUUGCUUUUGCCUGAGAACCAUGUCUAUUUUUAUAACUCGUGUGACUUCUGUGUAUUCUCACAUUCCCUGUACCCCGCCCAUUUUCUAGAGUGCCCAAUAGCUUUUCUACGGUCUCUUCUUACCGCCUCUUGUGGUUUCAGAACAAGCUUUAUUUUGUUACGAGUAUACUAAUGGCAGUCGAUUCCUGUCCAGUUCUCCCUGCUGUUUUACUGCUAGAGGGGUUUUUGUUUUGUUUUGUUUUUUUAAAUCUAGUUGAUUGCUCUUCUAAAAGAGAUCAAGGACCUUUCAAAAAGAAAGUCUUUCAUGCACACUACCCUGGUCUUCUAUUGAAGAACAAUUUUUCAUCAGCUGUAACUAGGAAAGUUCAGGAAAGUCAGCCAUAGGCAAGAACAACUCAUUGUGAACGCCAACAGAAGAAAACAGUAUUAUUUCCAAUUUUUUCUCAAGAUGACUGGAGGGAUAAAAGUCCGUACGUCACCAAUUUCUCUGUUGCAUGAAAUUUAAUGUUUGCUAUUUGACAGCAUGAGGGUGACCAGGCUCAACUUCGUUACUGUAGUCCAGGUACGACUUACCUUGAAUGUCUGUCUCCUAAACCAGAUAUCCCUUGUCCAUUUUCUUUCAGCAAACAGUCGUAACAUUAUGUGGAAUUAACUUUUCAGCAAAAAUUAAAUCAGAGAAAAAGCUUCGAA